AUGGCUUCAUCUUCAUCUUCGUCAUUAACGGUUGCGAAUCGGGACGGGUCUUCUUCAGCUUCUGAGGACGAAGCCGUCAUGUCCGUAACCCGUGCUUACGCGCAGGAUGCCUUAUUGCAAUUCCAGUCGGGCAAGUUCGAUCAGUGCCUAACCGCCUUGUCCGAGUGCCUGAAGAGGAAGCCAAACGAUCCCAAAAUAUUUCAUAAUAUCGGACUUUCGGAAUUCUAUCGAGAUGGUUGCUCACAUCCUAAGAGGUUGCUUGAUGUACUUAAUGAUGUGAAGAAACGAAGUGAAGAGCUUGCUCGAGCAUCUGCAGAACAGGUGGAGUCGGGUAGCAAUAUUGGAGGGUCCAGAGGAAGUAGUACAAUGGGACAUCCCUUUUCUGCUGUUUACAUGGAUGAAUUUGACACAUAUGUUGCUACCUUAAACAUUGCAGUUAUCUGGUUCCAUCUUCACGAAUAUGCAAAGGCAUUGUCUGUCGUUGAACCUCUGUUUCAAAAUAGAGGACCUAUAGAUGAGAAAACUGCUCUUAAUAUUUGCCUUUUGUUGCUUGAUGUUGGGCUGGCUUGCCAUGAUGCAACGAAAUCUGCUGAUGUUUUGGUUUAUCUGGAAAAAGCUUUUGGUGUUAGCUGUAUGAAUCAAGGAGACAGUGGAAGCACUGCGUUGCAACAACCUGCAAACCCAGUUGCUAAGUCUCCAUCACUUCCUACCAAUUCAUCAGCAGCGGAUGGUCCCAAUUUGGAUUCAGAUGCAAAUGCCUUGGAGUCUGAGGAGACAGGCGAGUAUGAUGGUGCUGUUUUUGACAUGGAUGUAGCACAGCCAACUGCUCUUUUAUCUUCAAAUGAUCUUUCAAGGAACCCAGUUGACAUAUCCGUCUCUUCUGUUUAUCUGAAGCUUAAGAUGCAACUUUACAAGGUUCGGUUUCUGCUUCUCACUAGGAACUUAAAGCAAGCUAAACGUGAAGUGAAGCAUGCUAUGAAUAUUGCACGCGGGAGAGAUUCUUCUAUGGCUCUCCUCUUGAAGUCCCAGCUUGAAUAUGCUCGUGGUAAUUAUCGUAAAGCCAUCAAGUUGUUGAUGGCAUCUAGUAAUCGAACAGAUGCAAGGAUAUCAAGCAUGAUCAACAAUAAUCUAGGAUGCAUUUAUUAUCAGCUUGGGAAAUAUCACACAGCAUCAGUAUUCUUCUCCAACGCAUUGCUUAAUUGUUCAUCUCUUCGGAAGGACAGGCCUAUAAAUCUGUUAACUUUUUCACAGGACAAUUCCCUCCUAAUUAUAUAUAACUCUGGUAUGCAGUACUUGGCCUGCGGGAAACCACUACUAGCUGCUCGCUGUUUUCAAAAGGCUGGUUUAGUUUUCUACAAUCGGCCUCUGUUGUGGCUUCGAUUUGCUGAGUGCUGUCUGAUGGCUUUAGAGAAGGGAUUAUUGGAAACCACUCUGGCAUCAUCAGAAGUCAGAGUUUAUGUCAUUGGCAAUGGGAAGUGGAGGCAACUUGUAAUGGAAGACGGGGUUUCCAAGAAUGGAAACUCGGGUUCUUUUGAAAGAGGUGAUUUGUUUUUGGGCAGUGAUCAGCAGCCUAAGCUCUCGAUGUCCCUUGCACGGCAGUGUCUCUCUAAUGCCCUGUACUUACUGAACUGUUCUGAGUCAAGCUAUUGUAAGAAUUCUUUGCCCUCUAAUUUCUUCUUAGAGGAUAAUGAAUUAGGUGAAGUGGCAUCUUCCAAGAACUCAAACAACAAGAACUUUCACAGCAUCGAUUCCGAGGCAUCUGCGUUCUCUGUAGGCUUGGGCCAGUCAGGCAUAAAUGGGGAUGCAAAAGAGCAAAAGGCAGGAACUACUCAGGAGCUUGUGCAGAACUCCCUUUUGUACUAUGCAGAUAUUCGUAACAAGGAAAAUCUGUUGCUCAAACAAGCUCUUCUUGCAAAUCUGGCAUAUGUAGAGUUGGAAUUGGAAAAUCCUAUGAAGGCCUUGUCAAUUGCAAGGUCUCUCUUGGAACUUCCAGAAUGUUCAAGAAUUUACAUAUUUUUAGGUCAUGUGUAUGCUGCAGAGGCUCUCUGCUUGCUGAACAGGGCAAAGGAUGCUGCUGAUCAUUUGAUGACAUAUUUGUCUGGAGGUAACAACAUUGACUUGCCAUUCAGCGAGGAGGACUCUGAGCAAUUGCAAGGAGUCAGGACUGUUGAUUAUGAAGAGUUGAAUGGAGGAUCAAUGAGUGCCAAAAGUUCUUCCCCUGAAGACACAUUAGGUAUCGUGUUCCUCAAGCCAGAAGAGGCACUGGCAAGCCUGUAUGUAAAUUUUGCUGCCUUGUACGCCAUGCAAGGUGAACUUGAUCAGGCCCGCCAGUUUGUUGCACAGGCAUUAUCCAUAGUACCCAACAGUCCAGAAGCAACUUUGACUGCAGUUUACGUGGAUCUCAAGCUCGGUAAGUCGCAAGAAGCUCUUGCCAAGUUAAAACAGUGUAGUCGAGUUACAUUCCUUCCUAGUGGAUUGACAUUGAACAAAGCUUCGUAG